AACCAAUGAUCCUCCUCCCCAUCCCGCCCAGAAGGGCUCUGCCAGCCACUCUCAUUGUGGAUCCCCCACUUGAGAAACCAACGCAGUCUCCUGCCAGAGACUUCCAGAUUCCCACAACACCAUCUGAACCUCUAGAAACACAUGAAGAGUCACUAUACGACAACUCAUUUGAGAGUUAUGAAGAUGCUGAGGAACCUGAGGCUCCAGCACCUUCAUCCUUUAGGCCUCCAUCAGUACCAUCAUCAGCUUCUAGUACCAAAAGGCCGGUUUCAGAUCAUGAGGAAGUCUUCCUGAAACAGUUGAGCCUAAAACAACAGUCGAAAGAGGAUGUGUUUCCGAAUGUGGAUGAUAGAGAUGUGGAUUAUGGGUCUAUGAACUCUGGCUCUCCAUAUCCAGAAACUCAAGCUGCAGUGCAUCAGGACUCAGUGCGAAGCUCACCUGCCUUGACUCCAUCAGGGACCCUUGAAAGAGGUGACAGUGUCUUUGAAGAUCAAUCAGACAGUAAAAAAGGCAAAACGGCAAAGACUAAGAAACAGAAAGGGCCUCCAAAGAAUCCGUAUGCUGAUACACCAGCAGUGGUGGAGGAGGCUCCCAAGAAAAGCUUGUUCUCCAGGAAGAGGUCAAGAAAAGUGGCAGAUGACAAAGAACUAAAGAAAAAAGAGAAACAGCGAGAAAAGGAAAAAGAGAAAGAGAAGGAAAGAGAAAAGAAGGAGCAGAAAGAAAAAGAAAAGAAAGAAAAUGAAAUGAGGAAAAAAUUUAAGAUCACAGGCCAGGAAGAGCCCAUUUAUCAUGUUAAAGUCAUCGAGGACUGUAAGGGCCGUAAAAACGACCUGCCGGUGAAGGUUGGAGACACCGUGAGCAUCAUCCGCACCAACAACUGCCCUAAAGGAAAAUGGCUGGCAAAGGACAGCAACAACAAAUACGGUUACGUUCCGGUGGAGAGUGUGGAUUUGAACAUCAAUGGCAUUAUGGAGCUGGGGAAGAUGACAACAGGAUCUAACAGAUCCAACGGCAAUGGACACAAAGACCCAGAGGUCACCAGUACAGGCAGCAGGACCUCUGAGAAUUAUGGCAUGAACCAUGAGAGCUUCUCAGAAGACAGUGAGGAGUGGACCUAUGAUGAUGACGAUCCUGUGUUUGGCUCUUCUAAUGAAACAGCACACAUGGCGCUGAAUCAAUCACACGGCACACCAGCUCAAGACCAGUGUGAUUCAACUUAUAUGAACGUGCCAGGAAAACAGGAAGCAAUUCAAAAACUCUCCACAUUCUUUAUGCAACCUAAGACUCCCUCUCAGUCUCUACCACAGAACAACAGCCCAGUAAUGCCAGAGCCCACACCAGAGGAUCCUGACAGCUCAAAUAAAGAAGAAGAUGAUUUAGAUAUGUCAGCUCUCCAGAUUCUUCCUCCUCCGGACCUGUAUGCCGACAUCAUAGCUGGAGACUCCAUGCCUAUUUACAGCAAGCCAAUCAAACCCAUCUCAAAAUAGCCAAAUAACUCUGGCUGCAAGAGGGAAAGAUGGACUGCUCUGGAUCUUCACUGUUUCUGAGUUCAUAACCCUCCUGUGGGCUGCGUUUUGAUGAGCAGCACAGUAAAUGUCCCCCACACAAGCUCAAGAGAAGACGUGUCUGUCAAGUGGGAAGAAUUAUGUUUGUGAUUUGUGAUUUGUGAUUGUGCAUCAGUCUGAAAGUGGCGAGUUCUUCUAUAUUCAUGUAUAUUAUGUUCAAUCUGUGAAAAAAGGCACUUGUAUGAUGUGAUGAGAAGCUCUUUGGAUUAUUUAAAGCAUUACAUUGAAGUGUUAGUUCUGUGGCAAGAUCAUCAUCUGAUGAGUCUGAUGAUUUUAAGAGAUUAAACAAUUGACAGAUCAACAUGACAGCUUAUGCAUGUUAAAACAUCUUCACUUUUGGGUUUGGUUUUAACAGAACAUUGCAAUGUCAACAUUAAAAUGUAGUUCCUAAGUCAGCAUUAUUUUUGUGGUAUUAUUUACUUCAAAGGAUUGCAACUUAAAGGUUUAUAUAAUCAAACCAUGCAUUUGUAUUAGAGUGACUAGUAUUAUAUUAUUUGUUUUAUAUUUUACAUGCAGUUCUUUAUGUUUAAGUAUUCCCAGUCUUCGGGGCUACUCUGCAUUAGGGAAAAUAUGCUGAUGCUUGUAGUGCAAGUUUAAGUGUUGUUUAUUUUGUAAUUCUACUGCAUAUACUAAAACAAUAAAUGACACAGUUGUGUAUCUUAA